CGACCGCAUCUUCGCUGAGUGUGUCGAGAAUAUGAGACUCGAUUGCCGGCAACGGAUGUUCAAACUGACGUCUUUCGGAAGCUGUUCGAUCGUUCAAUCCAUGCGUGUUCCGCUUCCCCGAGCCCUAACCGCUCGACAAACAUCCCGGCUACCAUUUACUUUCAUCUUCGAGCGCCAUAUUCACACCAGCACACCCAAGAUGGUGCAAUACGUCACUGGCGAGGAACUCGUAGAGAUCAUCCGGAGCGACAAGGUCCCUAGCAAAGACUACCUGAUCGUCGAUGUGCGCGACGCCGACUACAGGGGCGGCAACAUCAAGGGCUCGUUCCACCUCCCGUCGGAGAAGUUCGAGCAGAACGUGCAGGGCCUCGUGAGCAAGACAAAGGACGUGCCGCUCGUGAUAUUCCACUGCGCGCUGAGCCAGGCGAGGGGACCAAAGGCUGCUCGGGACUACGAGAACAUCCGGAAUGCGGCCGAUGGGGUAAGCCCAGCCGAAGUGUACAUCCUCCGGGGAGGGUUCACGCAGUGGCAGCGGAGGUACAAGGACCAUGCCGACCUGGUAGAGAACUACGACGCGGCUGUGUGGAAGUAUUAUUAGGUGGCCCACCACUCGGGCCUCCCUCCAUCGAACACAUCAACCAUCUAGUGUAUAACCCUUCGCAUCUGCAUCUGAGAAUCCAAUACCAUGAAUCAUGUACUAUACGUUUGAAUGUAGGCGUGGAUAGCGGCGCAUACUGGAAGUUGUGCCGUAGCAGGCAUAUUCCAUGUGCUCUACGCAGAGGGCGAGGGGGUGUUAUUGCCAGAGUCGGCAUUUGCGUUGGUGUCCUGUUUGGCGUAGCGCUUCGGCAUCUCCUCCACGACGCGCUGGAACUGACGUCGCUCUUCCACAAUAUUGUUCUGGCACACCGACCAUGAGCCAAUAGCGACCACCAUAAACGUGCCGACCGCCCAGUUGGACGCGACGAAGGCACCUGCGCUAAGCCCACGGAUGACCCCGAUCCCCGCCCCGCUCGCGAUUCCGUUCAGCAAGCUCGUGCGCAUACACGGAAUCUCCCCGAUGCGCUCAAAGUCGUCCCGCGGCGACAGCCUCUUGAAGGCUUCCCAGACGUCCGACCAGUAGUUGCCCGUCGUUUCUGUCUUGAAGAUGGGGCGACGAGAGGGCGCGGGAAUCUCGCCAGACGAGGAGGACGUAGUGUCAAUGUUGUCUGAGGGAGAGGACA